AUGGAGGUAUACGUAGACGAUAUGCUCGUCAAGAGUAAGGAAGAGCUCGCUCAUCUGGACGACCUGGAAGAGACUUUUGCAACCCUCAAAAAACACCAGAUGAAGUUGAAUCCAAACAAAUGUGUUUUUGGGGUAGCCUCGAGAAAGUUCUUGGGAUUCAUGGUGUCCCAGAGAGGAAUAGAAGCAAAUCCAGAGAAGGUACGAGCAAUCAUUGACAUGGCCUCACCCAAGACCGUCAAAGAUGUACAAAAACUCACAAGAAGGAUAGCAGCUCUAAACAGGUUCGUCUCUAGGGCCACAGACAAAUGCAUUCCCUUCUUCAAAACCCUGAAGCAGGCUUUUGCUUGGACCGACGAAUGCGAAGUAGCGUUCCAAGAGCUGAAACAAUAUCUGAGCAGUCCACAUCUCCUAAGCCCGUCCAAAGGAGGAGAGAACCUAUACUUGUACCUGGCGGUGUCAGCCUCGGCAGUAAGCGCAGCCUUGAUUAGAGAAGAAGGCAAGAAACAACUCCCGGUGUACUACGUCAGCCAAGCCUUUCAAGGAGCUGAGUUCAGCCAAUUUGACAUCGAGUACCAUCCAAGAACAGCUAUCAAGGCACAAGCUCUGGCUGACUUCAUCGCUGAAUUCACUCUCCCAGAUGAAGAUGGAAUUACAGACGAAGCUGAUAAAUGGACAAUACAGACAGAUGGUUCGUCAGCCCAAAAGAGGAGGGGAGUAAGGGUCGUCAUAACCACCCCCGACGGAGAAGUGAUGAAAUAUGGGGUUCAACUAAAGUUCCCAGCCACCAAUAACGAAGCCGAGUAUGAAGGAAUAUUGACGGGCUUGAGGCUUGGGAAAGCUCUUGGUGCCAAAAAUUUGCUGAUCCAGAGUGAUUCAAAGCUGGUAAUCAGACGGAUCAAUGGAGAGUACGAGGCAAAGGAAGAAAGGAUGCAGAAAUACCUUAAACUGACAAGGCAACUAACUCAGGAGUUCGACACAGUGGAGUUCGUCCAGAUACCAAGAAACCAGAAUAUUGGGGCCGACGAAGUAUCGAAACUAGCGUCAUCAGAAGCAGGAGGGACAAGCACAGACAUGGCAAUAGAGAUCCAGAAACACCCAAGUAUUGAAGAGGUGGCGGUGCUCACCAUCCAGAGCACAGACACCUGGAUGACGCCCAUAAUAUCCUUCCUCCGAGACGGGCACCUACCUCAGAAUACUGACGAAGCCAGAAAGGUCAAAAAGAAAGCGGCCAGGUUCACGAUCCUAAAUGACGUCUUGUACAAGAGAGGCUUCUCUAUGCCUUAUCUAAAGUGCGUCGACGAGGAUGAGGCCAAAUACAUCCUAGAAGAAGUACACGGAGGAGUCUGUAGCGACCAUGUCGGCUCCAGAUCCCUAGCCAACAAGGUGAUAAGAGUAGGGUACUUUUGGCCAACCAUGCAGGGGGAUGCUGCUGACAUCGUCAGAAGAGGCCCUAGCAACCAUCACUGA